AUGUCGAAUUCAAGUUCGCAUUUCUUACAUUUUGUGUUCACAGGGGUCCCAAAUACAUCCACAGGUGCCACCACAAUUACAACGGCUACUCCUGUCAUCACAACCGUUGUCCCAGCUGCUCCAACCACUACAACUGCUGCUGCCACCACAGCCUCUGUGGCCACAAAUACACUCACUACAGUGUCUGUGGAGUUCACGUCCAAAGGAGAGACAUUUAUCUCCGACCUAUCAACCUCAUCCUCUCAGGCCUUUCAAACUCGAGCAUCACUGAUUAAAACACAGCUUGAACCGUUCUAUCGAUCAGCUUUCACCUCUUUCAACAGUUUGACAGUAAUAAAAUUCAGAAAUGGAUCAAUCAUUAACACCAUGAAUUUAGCAUUUAGCUCCUCCGCUGUGCCAAAUUCCAAGGAAAUUGGCACCGUUUUGAUAAAGGCUGCACAAAACAUCACAGCUUUCAACAUCAACCCCACGUCAGUUACUGUCAGCGGUGAAGUUGUGACCUCAAGUGGAAUAAGCAGCAAGACCAGUCUCUUCACUGCUUCCUGUCUGGUGGUGUUGUCGCUGCUGCUGUCAAGCUAGUCUCAGCAGCAAGCAGCAGUAUGAAAUAUCUUCACUUUGAAAAUGUAUUUACCUCAUGUCCCCCAUUCCCAUAAUAUAUAAUGGCAACCUAUUUAAUCAGUAUUUGUUAACCUAAGUUGAUUCUCAUUAUAGUUAUAGUUAUUAUACUCAUCAUUCAAAUUGAAAUAAACAUAU